AUGUUCUCCUGUUUCGGACCUGGCCAUCGCCGGCGGUCUGAUGAACAUCAGCCUCUAUUGCCGCAAUACGAUGACGAGACCUCGUUGCAGCGCCGUGUACACCAAAAGUUGCAUUCGUAUCAAAUAGUUCGCGCCCUGUCCAAAGGAUUCAUGCCAUCAAGCGAGCAACUCGUCGCCAAUCUCCGCACGCUGCUCUCCUCGGCCAUUCUCAAUCCAGAUGCGGGCAGUGUCUCACUCAGUGAUUCAGGCCAAGCCCUAGUACACUGCUUCAAGCUCUGUAUAAAGCACCUGAUAGAUCUGCUCGUGCAUAAGAAUGCCGACGAUCAAAUCCAGGAAUUUAUUUGGUAUCUGACUAAGGCCAAGCUAUCCGCGGAUGUCGAACACCUUGCUGAACGCGCAAUGAGAGCAAAGACUGGAGCAGAUAGAGCCGCCGUCUAUUCUAGCCUGCAGACGGUUGCAUCUUUGCUUCUUACUAACUCCAAUUUUCGCCUAUUUCUCAAGGAUCUUAAUGUCAUUGCGAGGGAGGUCUUCAGAGACACUGCCUUUGCUGUGUCAGAAGCUUCACGAGAGGCAGCAGAGCGCAUCAAGCCGUCCGCCGAGGAACAAGAAUCGCUGAAGCAACCAUACCAUGACUCACACAGUAAUUUCUCUCAACAUGACGUGUUAGAGCAGACUGCUGAGCUCAGCAGGGUCUUCAGCGGGACAGCUUCCACUGUUGUGGGCGAGGCAGAGAAUAGCAUUGUCCGCAAGCUUAGCGGUCCAGAAAAAGAUACCUUGGUUCACCGCCUGAAAGAAGCAGUGCUGAAUCUCCGUCAGCGACCUACCUACGUUGACUCCGUGUCAACCCUGUCACUCCUUUUCAAGCGUUAUAUCGUGAUCUAUUCUCGGAUGGCUCGCCAUACGAUUGAGGCUGCUAGCGAGGAUAUUGACCAUAAUCCUGAAGCAGAGGCAGCGUUAGCAAAUUUCUGGGGUUUCUUAAGGUCGUUUGGCGAGCCAAGGGAAUGGGAAGAAUUGCAAAACCGCGCUAGAGCGAUCGCGGAACACGGCUGCGAAGACCCCAAGUUUGAAGAGCUCGCCAUCCAUAUAGGCAAUAUCCUCCAAGAGAUGUUGACUGAUCCAGCAUUCUUUGACAGCAUUGAGCAAAGCUUCCAGGAACUCCGAGAUCAAUCAAAGCAACUAACCACCCACUCUUCCCUUCGGGAAGACGUUGAUGCCUUGCUCUUGCAAGUUCAGUCCACCCUCACCUCAGUGGUGAAGGACAAGGAUAUAGCCAACCUGGCCAAGACUUCUGCUGCUAUCGCCAGUAUCCUGUCUCCAAGUGGGCAGUACGUGAACUCUGAUCUUGUGGCCGAUGCCCUCAACGUCUUUAUCCCCUUGCUUGUUCAGUCUAUUCACUACAUCCCUAUCCCACGAGCCGAAAUCUCAACGCCUAAGAUGGACCUCCUGCUGGAGAACCUGAUCCUGGAGCCUGGAGUCACCAUCAACAACACUUCAUUCUUCCCCUACAAACUGCGAGUUAAGACCCUCACAGACGUCGAGAUCCACAAGACAAGGUUCCGCACAACAUCAGCAAUUAAAACUCUCGUCCGACUUCACAUCGACGGUCUCUCUCUACGUGGAGAGGAAAUUGGCUUCUGGCUACGGGUACACUCAGGUCUUUUGCGAUGGGCAGACGAAGGUAUCGCAUCAUUUGCUCUCGACGAACGCGGUAUGGAUGUUCAGCUGGACGUUGAGGUUGGUCGCGAUAGGAUGGAUAAAAUUUUGACCCUCAGGGGAGUACGCGUACGCAUCCAUAAGCUAGACUGGACCUUACACAGGACAAGGAGCAGCUUUGGAUUCAUCUCCUGGCUAUUCAAGCCUUUCCUCAAGCCGAUUGUCCGUAAAAUGGUAGAAAUAAGGAUGGCGUCUGCAAUUGCCCAGGCUUUCCAAUUUGCCAACCGGGAGCUGCUUUUCGCGCGGGAAAGGUUACGGGCCACGCGAAUUGCGGAUCCGCAGGACUUGAAGACGUUUAUCAAGGCUGUGCUGGCUAGGUUGACGCUUCCUGAGGACCCUGAUCUCCACGUGCGCGUUGGCUUGACUGGAUCAGGACAGGGUGUGUUUGAGGGGGUGUAUACCCCUGGGAGCAUUGUCAAAUUGUGGAGAGAGGAAGCGACACAGGUGUCACAGAGGAUUCGUGAGCAGCAGAGGGAUGGAUGGAGGAACAGUAUUUUUGACGUCCAGGGCGCGGUGCCAGCUUACUGA